AUGAGCCGAACCGAGGGGGCGGAACCCGUGGGUCCGCCGGAUGAGUGUCGGAUCUGCUACGACCGCUACGACACCCGCGGCCGCAAACCCAAACUACUGGCCUGUCUGCACCGGGUGUGCGCCAAGUGUCUCAAGAGGAUGCUGGAUGUGGGCCAGUCGUCGCCGUGCGUUGUCACCUGUCCUUUCUGUCGUGGCAAGACCAGCGUACCACCGGAAGAGGUGUGGGGGACAGAGGACGAGCGCCGCCUCUUGGCAGUUUUGUCACGUCGGGAUCGAGGAGGGCGGCGCGGUGACAACGUGGAACCGGGUCUCGGGGACGUUCUGCCAGAUGGCGCCAGGCCUCCUUCCGACGGCCUGCUGAUCACGGUGGCGGAGCUACCGGCAGAGUGGCCCUCUCCAGACUCCCCGGACGGUCUAAAUGCCGUGGCGCUCUACCGCCGGGCUGGCCGAGACUCUCUCGCCGUUCCCCGCAAGUGCGAUUCCUGGACACGCAGCCGCGUCCCCCGCUGCCUGCUGGGGACGCUGUGUCUGGUGUACUUCGGCUCCCUGCCGGUGGGCCUCUACCUCCUGAUGCUGGCGCACACGUGGGCUGGUGUCCUUCUGGUCAGCCUGGUCCCGUCCACGCUGAUCCUGCUGGUUCUGUAUGGCUGCUGCGAGUGCUUGUCUCACCAGCUACUGGAGGCGCUCGCCGCUCGUCGCCGCAACGACGACGGCGCCGUUGCGAUCGCGUCGGUCGAUGAUGACUAG